AUGCAGGGCCAUGAUGACCUGUACCCCAAUGCAGAGCUCCCCAGCUUUCUCUGGAGGUCGGCUUCAUACCAGACAAUCCUCGCCGUUUCGACCCUGUCGCGCCUUUUUAUCUACGGGUUCAACAAAACAGAGGUCAAUGGCCUGCCUCGAUUCCUCGACCUUCUAAAGUCUCGGUCCGACUACAAAACUCGUCGCAGAGGGCUGUUGACCGUAUCGAACCACAUUUCCGUCAUCGACGACCCUCUGAUUUGGGGCGUUCUGCCACUCUCCUUUGCCGCCUUCCAUGGCUACAUGAACAAUAGAUGGUCCUUUGGGAGCCACGACAUCUGCUUCCAAAACACCGCCCUCUCGCAUUUCUUCACGCUCGGCCAAGUUCUGCCUACCCAUCGAAUGUACCAUUCGCCCUACGGUGGUCCUUUCCAGGCUACAAUGACUGAGGGUGUGAGACUACUCUCCCAAAUCAGCUCGCGCAAGAUGUCUUUCUGCCCCCACAAUGAUCCAAGACUACAUCAAACAUAUCAUACACCUAGUUGGCCACGAGACUGCGUCGAUCCAUUUUCAGACGUCGUGCCCAUUGCAGCGUACCCUUCACAGCCAAGCGACGAGCGAUGGUACCACGCCCCGUCGCGGUACGCCUGCAAUUCAUACAGUUGGGUUCACAUAUUCCCAGAGGGUAUGGUACACCAGGCUGAAGAUCAGACGAUGCGAUACUUCAAGUGGGGCGUGGCCCGGCUGAUCCUGGAACCGCCUGAAUGUCCCGACGUAGUUCCCAUGUUCAUCGAAGGCACUGAUCAGGUAAUGCACGAAAGUCGACGGUUUCCAAGAUUCCUACCACGCAUAGGGAAGAAAAUAACUGUCACGUUUGGCAGCGAGUUGGACGUGGAAGCUGUCUUUGGCGACCUUCGCAAGCGGUGGCGUGAGCUAGCGGACGAAGACGCAAGGAAAAGGGGUCAUUCUAGUUGGAAUGAGAUUAUGUUAGGCAUCGUCCCUGAGAGCCUUGCGCAUCACCCCGAAGCCAUUGAAUUGAGGAAGGAAUGCACGAAGAGGGUCAGGGAUGCGGUGCUUGAGGUCCGUCGUUCACGUGGGCUCCCAGAUGAGGAUCCGAAGUCCGGCCUGGUUGAGACUUGGUUGAGAGAAGGGCCGAAGCGGAAUGGCCGCAUGGACGAUGGGUCGUGGGUGAAAGACGCGUAG